CAGUUGGUAGAGCAUGAGACUCUUGAUCUCAGGGUCUGGAGUCUGAGCACCAUAUUAGGCACUGUGCUUUUCAUCUGAGGAGUGACGGGUGUGAGACUAUAAUCUUCAUGGAAGCAAUUCUUUCCUCCAGUUCUUUGGAGACACUGUCUUGGGAAUUUUUAUUUCUUUGUUUAAGAACAUUUUGACUGGUAUAUCCUCGAGGAGCUUCACGGGAGUGUGUGAAAACGACCCCCUGCUGCUGGAUGAUUGACUGAGCUGUGGAGGAACGUCGGGUGCACAUUUAAUCCCAGAAUCCCUAGCCUCGCUGCAUCACGCCCUUGGACGUUAAGCCCCAGUGUCCCAGGUGGAGUGUGAUCCGGUGGGAUGGCGGAGGGCAAUGUGGCUACCUGCCCCCAGGUGUUUGUGGUGGACACUCGCUCAAACUACGUCUCCAUGCCCAAGGAAACGUUGCGGGCGAGAUUAGGCCAAAAGCUUCUUCUCCUGCUGGUGGGACUGACCACGUUGGGACUUGUCGUACAGGGUUAUUUUAUCUACACUCUGUACAAGAAAACCGAGGCCUUUUCCCUUGGGGGGUCUCAUCCUUUUUACCUUAACCAGUCCGAUCCAAGAACAUCUGCCCUGCAGGGUGGCACCAUGAGUCAGGUGGGAUCUAAAGGGCGACAAAACCCGGAACAGAUCCAGCACAGGCCCUUUGCUCAUCUGAUGGGCUCCAAUAGUCCUGUUGGGGUGAACAAUGUGGUGCAGUGGAUCGAUAAAAGUGGCGACGCCAUCACCCACAAUAUGAGCUACGACAAAGGUCAACUGUUGGUGGAGAAGGAAGGUUUCUACUACCUUUACUCCAAAGUGCAGUUGAAUGCUGCAGUGGAGUGUUCACUUAUCCUGCACAAGGUCAUGAAAAACACCACGGCCUACGGCCAACCAAUAGAACUCAUGAGAUCAAAAAGUUUCCGCUGCCGCACACCAAAACCACCAAGUGCAAAGGCUUCAGCUGGGGAAGAUCUGUGGAACAGUUUCCUGGCCGGGAUUUUCCACCUGCAGAGUGGAGAUAAAAUUUUUGUCACACUGGAGAAUAUACAGAAGAUACGUCCGGGACCUGCAGACAACUUCAUGGGGGCCUUCAUGAUAAUGCCUUAGAAACAUAUGAAAGUACGACUCUCCUGCCUUGUGAUAAGAUUCGAUAUGCUGUCAUGAAUUUUAUACACCUAAUAUAUAGAAUACAUAUGAAUGUAUUGGAAUCACCUAUGAAAGAGCAACACACAGUUGUGAUAUCAUAAAAAGUAUCUGAUAUUCAGAUUAUCCUACUUGAUCAUUUGUUAUAUGUUUUUCAUGUGAAUAAAUUGCUGUUUCUUAUCAAA